CUUCACUCUUACACAUCGAAAGAUCGGACACUAGAGAGGGAAGGAUAAAGUCAAAGAGUGAGACAAUAUGGACAUUGAUACUGCCCCAGGACCAUCGACUUGGUUGGAACAACAGGAAAUAGCUGCACCUUCCGAAUUGAAGGAUUGGUGGACGAGAAUACGAUCGGCCUAUGAGAGAAAAUUAUGGCAUAACCUCACCGUCGCUCUGACAGAAUUCGUCUUCCUCCCAAAUACAGGACCGUAUCAGAUAGAACUGUUUGAGAAAUUCAUCGUCGCCAUCUCUUCUAAACUCAACGAACUUCGACUCGUGGAAAUAGCUCGUCGUGUGGGUCGAGAAUAUUCAGAUCCCGCUCUCACUCUCCAGUUCCUUCAAUCCGUUCACGCUCGACUUCCUUCCCCUUAUCCCGUCCCAGCGACUGAAGAUACUCUCGGUCAACCCGCCCCACCUCAUCCAAUCCCAGAAGCUUACGCUCUAUCCCUCUCUUCCAUCGCCUACGCCCAGCUCCUCCUUGGCGAUCUGACAGCAUGUAAAAAGUCUCUCGACGAAUGUGAAACUCUACUUGAUGAACAAGAUUCGGUCGAACCCGUGGUUUAUGCUGGAUACUAUGGAGCAGCGGGAGAUUAUUAUAAGGUCAAGGCGGAUUAUGGUCCUUAUUACAAGAAUGCGUUGUUGUAUCUUGCUUGUGUGGAUGUGGAGAGGGAAUUGAACCAGGAAGAGAGGAAAGCUAGGGCACAUGAUUUGUGUAUCGCUGCUUUGUUGGGAGAUACGAUUUACAAUUUUGGAGAGCUGAUGCAACACCCCAUCCUACAAACACUCACCGGGACGGAAUACGAAUGGAUCAAAGAUUUAAUCGGAGCUUUCAACUCUGGUGCCAUUGGUAAAUUUGAGGUUUUGGCCGUCCAGUUUCCUCGCGAGCCUAUUCUCGAAGCAUCCCUUUCUUUCCUACGGCAGAAGAUAUGUUUGAUGGCUCUCAUACAAACAGCCUUUGAAAGACCUCGUGAUGGAUCAUCGAGAUUGAUGACUUUUCAAUCGGUCGCUGCUGCUACCAGAUUACCUGUUCAUGAGGUGGAACAUCUAAUCAUGAAGGCUUUAUCCCUCGGCCUCAUCCGCGGUACUCUCGACCAAGUCGACGCUACAGUCGACAUAAGUUGGGUACAACCUCGUGUCUUGGAAAGUGCUCAGCUCGAGACUCUCGCUCAACAAAUAGACGCAUGGUGUCAAUCUGUAGGUCGUGUGGAGAAACAGGUCGAACAAGAACGUAUCGUGGCUAAAGAGGCUGUAUUGGUGGAAUGAUCAACUACGUCCUACAAUCCUGUCAUCUCAGCCAAAUGACUCUUCGAACUUGCGUUUAGCAUAUUGACGAGUGCAAAAAUGACGUUAUGCAUUGUGCAUUGUGCAUCG